GGGUAAUGCGAUUACAACAUAAUGGAAAAAACAACGUUUGUAAAUAAAACGAAAAAGGAGAAAGCAAUAAACUCAUAAAUAACAAAGUGCAUGCAUUAUUAAAUAUUAUUGUGUGUAUGUGUGUUUGGGUAUAAGCUGUAAACCGUUAAUACACAAGUCGUAACGCAAAGUUGGAGUGCACAUUUGAUAUUUCAUUGUCGUACUUCAAGUAAUUACCUGGUAUUCUGCUCACAAGCGCAAUGAAAGUGAAAAAUGCCCUAAAAUUUGAAAAUUCACUCUAUGUAGAAAACGAAAGUUAAAGAUUUUCAAAGCUUUUAGCGACACUUUUGAAUCAUAAAAAGUAGAAAUAAAACUCGUGAUUAACAAGCAUCAUGCGCAUGUAUCAGGCAUAAGCACAUCACAUAACUCUAAGAUACGAAACCGGCAUGAUGUAGACACUGAGAGUAAGAGCGUGAAGAUAAACAGCUCUGAUACAACGAAAUGACAACAACAUAAUCAGAUAUGCCAAGCAUAAGCUCACUGAAACGCGGAUGACGCGAUAUUUCUUUGCCGUACUUUCGUAAGCGCUUAACUUUGAAACAGUAUCAUGCAUGCUUCGGUAUUUGUAACUAUCCACCAGAUGUCUAAUGAUCGUGGUAUCUCAUCUAAAGUCUAUUGAGCUCACAUAUAGAAAUAACCCCAUAAAACAUGUAAAUUUUUCAUACCGCAAAGUACUCAAAAAAGCUUACAGGCAGAGAGCAGCACAAUUGUCUUGGAGCCUGUGCACGAGCAGUAGAGCGCUCUGCGAUCACUGAAGCAUUUCGAACGUGCAAUUCCCCCAUGGCUUUAACAUAGAUGGCUGUAGUCCAUAAAUGUUAGUACUACAAACACCCCACCCUUACACUGCGAUUGUAUUGUGUGCCUGUGCACAACGCGCAGAGAGCUCUGGCAAUCGGCGUAGUCAGUCACACGGGCCCAGUUCGAGCGUUAGGACGUGGAAGUAGACACGCGCGCGCUCAAUCGCACCGCUAAGUGAUCUGUCCGAGUGUAGUGAGUGAGUCAGUGAAUGGAAAAAAAAAUCCCUGGAGGAGAAUACAAUAAAAGAAAUAAAUCAAUAAUUGAACUAAAUAAAAUAGAAAUAAACUAAAAUUCAGAAAAAGUGCGCAUGGAAAUGAACUCGGUUAUAAAAUGAGUACACCAGCGCCAACGAAUGUCAGUCAAGGCGAAAGCAAUUGCAGCACAUUGCGUACGCUGCCGCGUAAGCGUCGACCACGUGCGGUUGGGGAAGUCUACAUCACUUGUCCGGCCAGUCAGGUAUAUCUGAAUAGUGCCGUCAACGAGCACAAUGCUAUCAGCGAACCCAUAUAUCAGAAUACCACGACUCAGGUCGAACAGGAAGCGAACAGACGAAUUAAUCGCUGUGCUCGGCUAUCGUUUGUACGAGCCACCAUUACUGAGGGUAGCAAUGGCAUUAGUGCACGGCAGUCGAUGACUGUGAGCACCUUCAUAGAUGACUCCGAUCACUACUAUGAGACUUUGUCACCUUUGGGAAAUAAACGCCACUCCACGCUACCUGAUCAGCGUACUAGCAGCCAUAAUAAAUACAGUCAAGACCUGCCACAUUUUACGAAAAAUGGCUCACAAGGCAAAAAACAAUACUCAGCCUCGAUGCAUGGGCUCGGCACAUUGGCGGUAUCAGAUGACUAUGACUCUUUCGACACAGACACCGAUGAAAUUUAUGAAACCGAAGAGAAUAUAAAAAAUCACAAUGACAGCGGCGUUGAUAUACGUAAUGUAAAGCUCCCUGAUCCACCUUCUUCCACUAAUCAAGUGUACGCCAUUGUACGCAAACUCAAAAAUUUCAUCUCAAAUAAGAAAUCUCCCGUUUCUCAAACUAAAUACGGUGACAAUCAACAAAAACUCUACGAGAACUCUACACAAUUCUAUGUGAGUGGCAAUAUAUAUGAGAAUACACCAAAGACUAAAUCCAAGGCACAGAAAAAUGUGAAAAAGACGCCAACAGCGUCACAAGAACAAGACAUUUAUGAAAAUACUGAGUUCCAUAGUCCACCAGCCAUUGUGGUAGAUGAUAAAUCAGUUAAUCCAGCUGACAAGAUUCCAACUAACCAAACAGAUUUGAAAGCCGAUGCGAAUAUUGCAACACUACGUUCUAAAUCGAAGUCGGGUAAAAGCUUCAAAUCUCGUUUACGUAAAAGUUUAGUUGGUUCCACAUUUGAUAUGAAACAAUUAUCAUCGUUGUCGCCUACACGUAGCACCUUUUACGUUGAAGAUCCGACAUACGGUGGAUCAGGAGAAUUAGAUUCGGGCUUCUCAGAGAAAGCUUCAUCUGGUGACCUACCCACAGUGCCCCCAAUACCCGUACCCGAGGCGCAGAAAUUUUCAACUGUAGCUCGUAAAGCGAAAAAGGAAGCAAAAGCACUGAACUCGCAGCGGCGACGUACAACGAUUGGCAUACGUCCACAAGAUCCACCACCACCGCCACCCGUUGCAUCAUCGACAACCUCUUGGUAUGCUGAAUGUGGUGUCUUUAAAAAUGGCACGAGCGAUCUGAUGCAAGAGUCAGAAGUUUCACUAAACGAUGGUAAAACGAGUCAAAGUGGAUCGUCGGUUUUUAACGGCAAUUCGUGGUACACAGAAGCAGGUCUGUAUCAAACUAGUGGCGUUUCAGUAGCAAGUUCAAGCGGUAGUUCGGGUGUGUCGACUGGUAAUGAAGGCGCGCUUGGUGAUGAUCUCCCACACAGCAUGUUCCAGAAUGAACCACUGUACCAGAUCUACAACGCUGCUAAGAUAGAGUCGAUCACUCGUGAUAUGGAGGGUCAUGAUAGUUCAACAGAUGGUUAUGAAGAAAUUGGACAGAAUGGAACGCGUGGUGAGGCACGCAUAAGUAGUCAGAAACAUCAGCGCCCAAGCGCUUUCCAAUUAAUUGAACCAAAGAACGGGCCAGCCCGUACAUUGUGGAGUGAAAUUCCAGAAGUUAUAAAUUCGUGUGUCCUAGCCACCCUUACAUCACGCGAACGCAGUUUACAGGAGGCGAAAUUCGAAAUCAUUACCUCCGAAGCUAGUUAUUUAAAAUCCCUCAAUUUGUUGCGUAGUCAUUUCAUGAAUCAUCCAAUAUUUCGGGACACGAAUGUAGUGAGCGCACGCGAUCGAAAAGCUUUAUUCGCUUAUAUAGUACCCGUGCAUGAAUGUUCUGAAAGAUUACUUACCGAAAUGGAGUCCUGUUGGCAAGACAACAUAAUGCUAAUCGGUUUAAGCAAACGUAUCUACACCAUGGCCGAGAAAUACUUUCAUGUCUAUAUCUCAUUUUGUGAGCAUCAAGGGCGCAUGGACCGAACAUUGCGUCGCUUGAAGGAGACACGCGGUAUCUUCGCGCAAAACCUGCAUCUACUCGAAACAAGUUCAAUCUGCUGUGGUUUAAAUCUACACUCUUUCCUCAUGCUACCCAUGCAACGUAUCACGCGCUUGCCACUGCUGAUCGACGCCGUUUUCAGUAAAGUCAGUUCCAACGAUGACGAAUACGAGAACUGGAAAAUGACGUUGGCCAUCAUGAAUAAGAUAGUGACGCAAUGCAAUGAGGCAGCGAAUAGAUGUGAACAAGCAUACGAAAUUGAACGUAUUGCGCGUCAGCUGGAAUUCCCUUCGACAAUACGUGCCUUAGCUAUAGCGCCUGUGGGUGUACCCGCAGCUGGUUCAAAACCACGUUUCCUGGUGAAGCGCGGCGAGUUGACGCAUUUCAUUUGGCGCGGUGAUGAUGUAAAACUUACGUUCGGCAAAAAAUUCUCCAAGGUGGCGAUCUACAUAUUCCUCUUCUCCGACUUGCUCGUACUAACAAAACGUAAGGGUGAAGAGCAAUUCAUAGUCUUCGAUUAUUGUCCGCGUAGCAUGCUAACUAUAUCAACGGGCGAUCUAAGAGAUAUUAGUCAGACGCACAAAAAUCUAAUACUAAUGACAUUGUUAGAGAAUCAUGAACGAAAGACUGUAGAACUACUCCUUUCUUGCCCAUCAGUUUCCGAACAGGAACGUUGGUUGCAGGCAGUUCGACCGCCCGAACCCGAGACGCCUGGAGAAAAGCUGUACGAAUCCUGGGACUGUCCGCAAGUUAUAACAAAGCACGCAUACGAAACAAGAGAGCCGGAUGCGCUGAGUCUGGAGGUUGGCGAUGUCGUAAACGUAACGCGAAAACUACCAGACGGUUGGUACCUGGGUGAGCGCAUACGCGAUGGCGUUGUAGGAUGGUUCCCAGGCAGUUAUACGGAGGAGGUGAACUCAGCGCAUGUGCGCGCCCGCAACCUGAAACAGCGUCAACGAUUGCUGACCUUUACCGCUACAUAUCUCGAAUCGCAAAAGCGCAAGUAGACGAUUUGUAACGGAGCAUGGCAGUUAAACACUGUAACAAAGUUGUGAGUCAAUGUUGGUAUAUUUGUAGCUGCGUUUGUGCCUUUUAUAUAAUAAAGUAAAAUAGUUAUAUUAAAUAAUUGUUAAUGUUAUAAAUAACAUUUUUUGACCUAUCCAUACGAAAAUGACUGCAACCAAUGCUUAAAUAUCUAAUCGUUAAAAAAUGUAUCGUAUAUAAUUUCUAAUUUAUUAAAAUUGUGAUAAAAAUGAUAAAUAUGUAUGUAAUAAAGCUUUGUUUAAUAUUUUGUUUGAUAUUUAAUUAGCAAUUUUCGUCUGUAUUUUGAACUUCUGAAAGUUAAAUUAGGUUGAAUCGAAUAAAUCUUCAUAAAUUACCAAUUAAAUAAUACAUUGUAAAUUUGUUUGACGCGACAAAAAAUUAUAUUUCUAGUUAAACGAAUUUAAUAUUAAAAAAAUAUAUGUACAGUAAUUGCACUUCAAAAAUUGCACAAUUUGGAAUCAAUUAACCAAUACUCGUUUAAUUAAACAACUCGUUCAAUUACAGGAAUCCCGCUUAAUUGGACAAAAUAAUAAAUUAAAAAAAAAUGCAUAUGUGCACUUUAAGUGUUUAUUUAGUUUUUAGUAAUUAUAUUUAAAUAAAAUUUAAAACUUUAAUCGGAAAUACAUAAGGAACAAAAACAAGACAAUGCACUUACAUAUAUAUUAAAAGAGCAUUGUUAUAAAAAAUAAAAUAAACUUAAGGUACAAAAACAAUUAAUGUUACUGUAUAAAGUAUGCAGGACCUGCAAUCACAUAUUUAGAUUUCGUGCUUACAUUUUUAAAACGUUAAUUUAGGAAGUCUGUAAUACAUAUGUAUGUUUUCAAUUGCUUUGUAGAGAUGCCAACUGCUGCUUAUCACAAAUGCUACGAAAUAUGUAUGUAUGUCCGGUAAUGUCAGUCUAAUUUUUUAACGAAAGUUUUUUGUGCAAUCAACCGGAGAAAAUUAAAGGUAUAUUGUUUUUCAAUAAUAUAUAUUUUUAACCAAUUAUGCGGGGAAACCAAAACCGGGUUCAAUUAUACAUAUUUUUGACCGAUCAGGUGAUUCAAAUAAGCGGGAAAAUUAAUUAACCGGUAUCAAUUAAGCGAGGAAUACUCUGUAGAUAUAAUGUUUAGAACCUAGUAUUAAUAUUAAAUAUACUAUAUAAUUGUAAAAAAUAAAAUAAAUUCUUAUAUAUAAAUAA